GAAGGUUUUUGUUAUGUUCACCGACCUUCCAUUCGACGGGGGUAUGGCACGGUGAUACGCAAAAACUGCCUCCACCAUGAAACCUCUCUCUUCCAUCACCAUCUUCCUCUGCUCUUCCUCACGCCGUCUCUUCACCCAUACAACACCACUACCGUUCCUCAAUUAUGAAGCUGAAAAACUCCUCGGAAUCUCCCAUUUCUCAACCUCAUCGCCGGACUCAGCCUCCUCUUCCUAUCAUUCAUCUUCAAGACGCAACCCUGAUGAUGUUAGAAACGUCAGGGUUUCCGUGUGGUGGGACUUCGAGAACUGCUCUGUACCUUGUAACGUUAAUGUCUACAAAGUUACUCAAUGCAUAACUGCUGCAGUCAGAUCAGUUGGUAUUAAGGGACCAAUCCAAAUUACGGCGUUCGGUGACGUUCUUCAGUUAUCUAGGUCUAAUCAGGAGGCGCUCUCUUCCACAGGGAUCAACCUCACUCAUAUCCCUCAUGGAGGGAAGAACAGUGCUGAUAGGUCUCUUCUAGUGGACCUCAUGUAUUGGGUUUCUCAAAAUCCACCACCAGCACAUCUUUUUCUAAUUUCCGGGGACAGGGACUUUGCUAGCAUAUUACACCGAUUAAGAAUGAACAAUUAUAACAUAUUGCUUGCUAGUACAGAAAAUGCUCCUGCAGUUCUUUGUAGUGCUGCAAGUAUCAUGUGGCAAUGGCCAGCAAUGGUGAAAGGAGAAAAUCUAAGUGGAAAACAUUUUAAUCAACCUCCAGAUGGACCUUAUGCUUCAUGGUAUGGCCAUUAUAGAGUUCCUCUUGAGGACCCUUUUGCAGUUUGUAACCAUGUUUCUAACCAAACUUCAUCUGUGCAACCAGAGGAGGAACCUCGUCCAGUUCCAAAGGCAGUUGUGAAUGUGAUACGUAAUAUAAUGAAUUCAUACCCUAAAGGGCUUUCAAUUACAGAAUUGAGAGCUGAAUUGGGGAAGAGUAAUGUUACUAUUGAGAGGGAUUUAUAUGGUCAUAAGAAGUUCUCCCGUUUUCUCAUGGCCAUGCCACAUUUGUUGAGGCUUCAAUUUGAAAAAGAUGGGCAAUAUAUUAUACAUGGGAUUACCCCAAAAAACCGUGAAACAUCUGUGUCUACUCCUGAUACAUCUACUGCUCCUAAUAUGAGUGCAAAAGACUCUGUUCCUGUCACUUCUGUGCCUCAUAAGGAGGAAACAUUGGCAUCAUCAUCCAAAUUACAAGUCCCAAAGGUUUCUACAGACUCAUUACCACUUCCAGAGGCACAACAAGUUAAAGAACAGUCUCCUGUUAUUGAAAAGUCAAAAGAAGGUGAAGUGAGCCUUGGUCAUCAGCUGUAUCCAGUAAAGAUGAAGAGCCAGACACCUGAAGUGGGAGUUUUGAAGUCUAUCUGGAGGAAAUGGUUUGGGGGUAAUGAUGGUUAUCAAGAUAAGAUGACUCCUAUUAAUGAGUGUUCUACUUCAAGAAAUAGCACUGAUACAGUAAAUGCUGAUGCAAAAGAUCAAUCUUCCCCUUCUUUAUCAACUAAUGAAGUGAUUCAAGAUGCAGAGAACAAGCCUCAUGGUAUCUUGAAUCAGUUUGUGAGUUGGUGUAAGUUUUGGAAAAAUGAUAAGAAGUCUGAUAAUCUUGAAGCAGAAUUAAGUAAAAGUGAUAAAGAGAUACCGAGUCAUUUAGAUAUGCAGGAAAUCUUUACUGAAUCUUUUUGGAAUGACAUUUUGACAUUUUUAGAAACCUCCAAAAAUUCAGCCUCAGUUUUACAAUCCAAGACCAGGCACGAAAUGGGACAAAAGUUACAGCAAUUUGGUCCUUCUCAACUCCAAUCUCUAAGCGAAAAAGACAUUCUACACCUUGUUGAGUUACUGAUUUCUGAAAAGAAAUGGGUGGUGGAAACCCCAUCUCACACUUUCCCAUUCAAACUCGUUACACCUUCAAAAACCACUUCUCCAACCAAACCUUCCAUUUUAAAGGAAUUCACAGAAUCCAGCAAUUCACAAGGGCAAGAACGUCAAAUCAAGAAAAGAGUCUCUCCAAAAACCCGAAGUCAGAUACUAAGUCAUUGCCAAAAGCUCGUGAACGAGGUCGUUAAAGAACACCCUAAAGGUUACAAACUUAGCAGCUUUAAAAAACUGUUUCUUGAAAAAUACGGGUACCCUUUGGAAGUUCAACAGCUUGGUUAUCAGAAACUAGCCACUUUGCUUCAGAUAAUGCCAGGGGUAAAGGUGGAAUCAAGUUAUAUUCUUCCAUCUGGUGAGCAUUUCCGUUCAGAAAACCGUAAAUCAGAGGAGGAGAAAGAUAAUGAUACAAAAUGGGAAGAACUGGGACCGAUUUCAAGUACUAAGAAAGAUCAUGACUUUGAAAGCGUGUCAGAUAAUGACAUGUCUGAUUCAGAAGAAGAGAACAGUUGUCAGAAGGAUCAUUUGAAUAAUGGAAAGAAGGGUGAAGGGAAUGACUGGGCACAGAAGGAAAAGCCUGUGAAACAAUACUCAUUUGUGACAGAUAAACCCAGGAAUGAGAAGGAAAAUAAGAUAGAUGGCAUAUUGGUUAAUUUGAAGAAAUUGGGUAAUGGUGCACAAGAAUCAAAAAUUGAAGGCUGA